GCCAUCGGCCGACCGUCCACGACUCCCUGUGCCGGAUACUCUUUCAUGGCACUGCAGAGGAUAUGUUCAGAAACGGUGCUAUUCCAAAACAAAUCGAUGUACAAAGACUUGUUAUUCACCCCGUAAUCCAUUCAAUUCGUCGCCAGUGCAGGGCCCGAACAAUCAGCCAGUGAGAUAGUGCGGAUCUGCGCACGGACCAGGUUCGCAUAUAGUACCAGUCUUUUCGAACUCAGCCCAAAUCCUGAACUCUAUCACUUGCUCUCAACCACCAUGGCCAGACGUCUCUAUCUUGGAAGAUUGCCCCCUGAUGCUCGCGCUGAAGAUGUUUCCAAGUUUUUCGACGGAUACGGGCGUAUCGUCGACUGCCGCGUAAUGACAGGUCGGUUGGGGCGUUGGACAACAAUAACGCCACUUAUUGAGAUAUUUUCAUCUCUAGGAUUCGGAUUCGUCGAGUUCGAGAGCUCCAGGGAUGCUGAAGACGCUCUUCACCACUUCAACGGCAAGGCCUUUAUGGGUACUAACAUUGUUGUAGAGUUUGCAAAGGAGAGCCGACCUCGUCGUGAUCGCGACGUUUAUGAAGCCGAUCGAGCUCCUCGUGCCAGACGGCCUCCUGGUUUCCGCUUGGUGGUUUCCGGUAUCUCUCGGGACACGAGCUGGCAGGAUCUUAAAGAUUUCGGUCGCGAAGCCGGAAGCGUCUCCUAUGCAGACAUCGAUCGUGACAACGCCGGUGAAGGUAUCCUUGAAUAUCUCUCCCGCGACGACGCCGAGCGUGCGGUGAAGGAACUGGAUGGCAAGGACCUUCGCGGCCAACCUGUCCGUGUCAGUCUUGAUGAGGGUCGCUCUGGCCCCGACAACUACCGCCGUGACGAUCGUCGUGAAGAAAGGCGUGACGACCGCUAUCGCGAUGAUCGUUACGGUCGAGAUGACCGUUACAAUCGGGAUGAUCGUGCCCCUCACAACAGACGCGAACGCUCCCGUUCACCUCCACGUCGUGCCGAUCUUGACGACCGUCGUCCCAGGUCUCCUCCCGCGAACAAAAGGGAGAUCGAUGAUAGAAGGCCUGUGGGUUACGAUGAUCGACGGUACGAUGACCGUCGAGGAGGCUAUGAUGACCGAAGAGCACCUGACCCUUAUUAUGACCGCCGUAGGGACGAUGACAGACGUCGGGACGACCGCAGGCGAGAUGAGAAGGACGAUCGCUUGGAGGAGCGACCUCCAAGACACGCCAAUGGAGAUAGUGGCUGGGCACGUUGAUUUUUUGUUGGGCAGUCCGCACGCACGGGGGGUUCUCGCGCGCGCGCAGUCAGGUUCUUCCGGUUUCGGGACUGUCAUCUUUCCUUUUGUCAAACAUGCUCUCCUCACGCUGGACCGCGUUGAAUGGGUUUCCCAGAAAAAAUUGGUCGAAAAUCGUUGUUGGUGGACAUGCUUCCUCUUGGAUUAGUUGCUGCUUGCUUGCUGGCCAUGAGUCGUUGUACCAAAAGGAGUCGUUUAUUUGCUCGAUCGGUUAUUAUCGCUUUCGCAUACCGUUCAUGGUUCGGAUUCCCAUGGGGCCAUAAGGAUUCUCCCGACUACCACGGGACCGUGGAGGUAGGACGAUCAAGCAACUCAAGUUGGUCUCCGCGAAUUCGGUGCGCAAGGCAUCGGAAGUCCUGAGUGCGUUCUGAAGUAUGCCCCGGGUGCCCGCUUGUGAGGAACAUUGCUAGGUUUGCCGUUUGAGCUGGCUAGACGGUACGGUAUCGCUUUCCCGAGUUCAAAAUGCCAUGCGCCUCGAGGCCUCAAAUUACGUCUUCCUGGAAUUUGAAUGAUGGAUCUGGCUAUUCUGGGUAGUGUAUGCUCUCACGAGGAAUCUUGCUGACUGUUCUUCUCGCCUUCCAUCAUGAUAUAUGCGCGCGUUCCUGUAUAGCGGUUGUACUUACAAUUGUACAUGGAAUAAUACAUAUGCAUAAACAACAUCCUUCCUCAU